AUGCUUGUCGCGCGUGGCAGGACGGAAGGGUGGCUGAGGCUGCCCGUCUCCGCCCUCAGGGUCUGGGCCGCCGCGCACGACGUCACCUUCCAAGGCAUCACCGUCGGGCCUCUGCCAGGCUUUGAGCAGCGCGGCUCCACGGUCAUCGCGGACGGGAGCCUGUCCGCCGGGAAUGCAGAGCCGCUGAUGAUCAUUCCGCGCGACCUGGUGCUGUCGCUCGAUGCCGUGCGCAUGCACGCCAAAUCCGACCUGCAUCUUCGCGAGCUCGUCGAUGCGCUGGCCGACUUUGGGAGGGUGACCGUCUUUGCCCAAGCCUCGAGGCGCCCGGCUGGUGACAUCAUGCCGAGCCCGCCGGACGUGCCCUACCGCUUCUCCACGCAGAGCUACCGCCACCCCUACAAGUCUUGA